AAGCAACUAAUCAAUUUAAUUCUACUACUAAAUCAAAUGUAAACCACAUAAUUAUAAACAACAAUAUAGUUUCAAAUUAUAAAGCUGCAGAUAAGAUAGAGAAUUAUGAAGAUAAAAAAUACACUAUUGAUAAAAAGAAUUUUACUAUUGAUGAAUUUCUUGAAUACCUAUCAGAACAAAUUGAAUUAUUACAGAAAAAUAAUUAUCUUAUAAAUACUUCCUUUUCUCUUGAAUUCAAAAAAACAAGUAAACUUAUUCUUGAAUUGCAAAAAGAUAUUGAAGAUUUCGAAAUUUUUCAUUUAAGAAAAGAGUUUGGAGAGUAUUAUGAUGGCAUCUAUUGUAUUGAUUGA